UUGCGCGGGCGCUCGCGCACUUCGGGCCGCCGGCUGAGGGGCGCGCCCUGAAGACCCGGUUACCAUGGGUCGCAGGAGGGCAGUGCGCGGGCCGAAGGCAGAAGGCGGCCGCGCUCGGCGCCCCUCGGGCCGCUCCCUGGAGGCUUUCGUCGAGGAGGUCGGCGCCGCGCUGCGCGCGUCCGUGGAACCGGAGGCGACCGAGGACGAGCGCGGCCCCGGCCCGGCCGCGCUGCCCUGCGCGCUGGCUAUGUGGGAGCUGGGCCACUGCGACCCCCGGCGCUGCACCGGCCGCAAGCUGGCCCGCCUGGGCCUGGUGCGCCGCCUGCGCCUGGGCUGCAGGUUCGGAGGCCUGGUGCUCAGCCCCGUGGGCGCACAGUACGUGUCGCCCGCAGACAGACAGCUGGUGGCACAGUGUGGGGUCGCUGUCAUCGACUGCUCCUGGGCCAGACUGGACGAGACGCCAUUUGGGAAGAUGCGAGGGAGCCACUUGCGUUUGCUGCCCUACCUGGUGGCCGCCAACCCUGUGAACUAUGGCCGGCCUUGCAAACUUUCCUGCGUGGAAGCUUUUGCGGCCACCUUCUGCAUCAUAGGCUUUUCAGACCUUGCUAUUAUUUUGCUGCGGAAGUUUAAGUGGGGCAAGGGCUUCCUGGACCUGAACCGCCAGCUCCUAGACAAGUAUUCUGCGUGCGGUGGCCCGGAGGAGGUGCUGCAGGCCGAGCAGGAGUUCCUGAUGAGCACCAAGGAGAGCCCCAAGGAGGAGGAAAUCGACCCCUUUGAUGUGGAUUCAGGGCGAGAGUUUGCAAACCCCAACAGGCCCAUGGCCAGCACCCGGCUGCCCACAGAUGCUGAUGACAGCAACGACUCUGAAGAGCAAGGGCCUGAUGCUGAGGAUGAUGGAGACAGCAGCAGCUGCCCCGAGGAGGAAGAGACCCUGGAGGAAGGGGCUGCGGCCAGGGCCCCAGCUAGGGUCUGGAAAGGAAUCAAGAAACGGCAGAGAGACUGAAGGUCGCAGACAUAUGUAUUUUUGAGGCUGGGUAAUGACAUCUAGAGAUAGUAGUGACACACAUGGGGACACAGGUAGGCCUGGACCCUCCGGGUUCUGUCCAGUGCUUCUGGCAGCCUUGCCCUGCGUCCUGCCUUGGAGCUCUCUCAAUGAAACUGCAGGACAAGGA